GCUGACAAUUCCCGAUGACCACGGCGACACAGGUCGUGUGUAUAUUUGCUCAAUUCAAGUUCCGUUAAAUGCGCGUAUGAAAUAUUACGGCUCGGAGUCUUUGGAAUGCGUCAGAUUAAUAAUUAUUCUAAUCAUUUGAUAUUAAUUAUUAAAAGCAAUGCUGUGCUAAGACAUCAAACUUUAUAAUAUUUCUGGCCUAAGUGUGUGAAAGAAUUAAAUAAAUCAAGAAGAUGAAUAAUCAGGCAUUCAGUUUAGCUGAAAGACUUAUUCCUUCAACCUAUGUACAACAAGGUUUAAAUGCAAAAAAAGCACGUGAAAAUCUUAUAAGACACUUCAUCGAACAUCAAAAAUGGCCAGAAGAGGGUUGGGAUGAUGCAACAAUAGAAGCUUUUCUCUCAGAUCUGUCACAAAUGGACAGCAACAAUUUUCCUUCCAAUUGUAGUGUUGGAGAACGUGAAGCAAGAAUCGUAUCGAACAUUGUUGCAAGGCGACAUUUUCGAAUGGGUCAUGGCAUAGGAAGAUCAAGUGAUUUAGAAGAAGUACAACCAAAAGCUGCAGGAAGUAGCCUAAUGUAUAAAUUAACAAAUGCUUUAGUACUUGAAGUCAUUCGAUAUAUGGGUGUAAAAAGCAUAGCAGGUUGUUUUCUAUCACCAAUGGCUACAGGCAUGAGCUUGGUAUUAUGUAUGUUAACAUUUAAACAGGAUAGACCACGAGCCAAAUAUGUCCUGUGGCCUAGAAUUGAUCAAAAAUCAAGCUUUAAAUCAAUAAUCACAGCUGGAUUAGAACCAAUUGUUAUUGAAACCAAGAUAGUUGGAGAUGAAUUAAAGACAGAUAUGCAAAGACUUGAAUCUCAAAUGGCAGCUUUAGGUGAAAGUGUUGCUUGUGUGCUAACAACAACUAGUUGCUUUGCACCCAGGGCAUGUGAUUCUAUUGAUUCUAUUGCAGCGCUUUGUACUCAAUAUAACAUUCCACAUUUAGUAAAUAAUGCAUAUGGCUUACAGAGUACGAGAUGUAUGCAUUUGAUUCAAGAAGCAUCACGUAAGGGCCGCGUCGAUGCUUUCGUUCAAAGCACAGAUAAAAACUUUCUAGUACCAGUUGGUGGUGCAAUUAUUGGCUCUUUUGACAAAAAUCUGUUAGAUCGCAUAUCAAAAAUGUACCCAGGUCGUGCAAGUGCCAGCUCUAUUAUGGAUGUAAUGAUAACAUUACUAAGCUUAGGAAUGGCGGGUUACAAACAAUUAAUAACACAACGUAAAGAAAUGUAUUCAUAUUUAAAGGAAGAACUUGGCAAGUUAGCAGCCAGACAUGAUGAAAGAUUGCUAGACACUAAAGGAAAUCCUAUAUCAAUGGGAAUGACUCUUCAGUGUUUAAGUCAUCAGCAUGAUAAUAAACAAGUUACAAUGUUAGGUUUGAUGUUAUUUCUCCGCAAUGUUAGUGGUACAAGAGUAAUAACAACAACAGAAACUAAGCAUAUUGUUUCAUAUAAGUUUGAAGGUUGGGGAGCUCAUAAUAGUAAUUAUCCAGUACCAUACUUAACUGCUGCUGCAGCUUUAGGUAUGAAGAAAUCAGAUGUGGACAUGUUUAUACAACGAUUAGAUAAAGCUUUGACAAAAGUAAGGAGGCGUUCAGCUCCAGUUACACCGACAGCAUCUCUUGCUGGAUCCAGUAUUAACGGAGAUGCAGUAGGUACUGGAGGACCUGGAGAAUCAAGUACAGCUUCAACUAGCCGAGCAAGUAGUAAGGAUAGUUUGAGAAAAUGAACCGUAAUCAACGCAACUGGCCAGUCGAAUCAAUACAUUAAUUUGUAAGUAAAUUAUUACUUACAAUUAACACAUGUUGCAUAUUUCUAAGGAACGUUUUACAUUUUUAUUUUUAACUGAAAUACUUAAUAUUCCUAUAAUGUAGUUACUCAAAAUUUGUAUUGAAAUAUUUGUAUUUAAUAUAUAAUUUUAUUUCUCUAGAUUAAGUUAAAUUACUUCUCAGAUAUUUAUUUACAUGUUUAAAAUAAAAAAAAUAAUAUUUUAUAACAAAAAUAUAUUCUAAAGAGAUACGCAACAGCAAAAUGUGCUGAUUCGUCUGUCCAUUUGCGUUGUAACAGUGUCAAUUGUCAUGAAAUAAAGCAAGAGAGUUCAAACAAUAUUAACAUCGGAAUAUCUAAGCUAAUAUUCGAGGAGGAAGAAAAUGUUAGUGUAUUCUACACAUUCAUUAAAAGAUAUUAACUGGUAAGCGCUGGCCAUAAGAAUAUCUGUUAUACUUCUAUGUUACAAUAUAUAUGCAGUUACUUUUUAAACAAAGCAUGUCUCAUAUAUCUGAUAAAUAUCUGUUGUUUAUCUUUUGGAAUAUUAUUGCAAUACAAAAUUAAUUUUCUGUAAAAGCAUAUUUCUGCUUAAAUCCAUUAUUCCACAAAUUACCAACUGUAAUCCCAUUAAAAUUAGUUUAAUAUCCUUAUACUGAUCAUUUGUAUGUUUUAAAGCAAUUACAACUUCAUAUUUUAAAUUUAAAAUCACUAGUUAGCAUUCUUUUGCGUAAUUUAUUUGUGCUAGAAUAUUAAAAUACUAUAAAAAAAUUCACUUCUUUUCACUUAGAAAUAAUAUAAUUCUAUCAAUGAUCAUAGAAAAAGGACAUGUUAUUACUAAGAGAGAUUUAUAGUAGAUACAGUAUUUGCUUAAUCACACUAUUAUAGAAAGUGUGUACAAAAAUUAGAAGCACUAUAUAUGAGAAAAAGAUACUCCACAACCUGUAUAAAUUGAAUACAGAUAUAAACAUGCUAUUUAUGAUUUUAAACUCUUUUUGUUAUUUAUUUUGUGAAUGUUCAUUUGUAGAUUACAUUAUAAUUUCCUGUACUAAUAAUAUCUAAACUUUAUUAUUAUCAAAUGUAAUGUUUUGCACAAAACAACAGUAUUACCUUUUCAAUAUUUUUAAAGAAGUAAUGAAUAUAAGUAAAUUUAAACAGCAUAUUAUAUUACUAAACACAAUCAUUUUCUAAAUGUCUAUACAAAUUUUUGUGUGCAUUUGUAUUGCACAUAAUAACUUGUAUAUGCACAUUUAAAAAAGGCAUGUAUUUGAAGAUUCACCUUUGGAUAAAUUAUUUUGACAGUGUUAUCUUUUGAUAUGUCAAUAUGCAUAUUCCUUCAAAUAUAGUAAGAUAAGUCAAUUAAUAUUUAGUACAAUAUUUAAUAAAAUCAGAAAAAAUAUCAAAAAUUAAAAAACAAGUUUGAAGCAUUUAGAUGAUUCUGAUAAUUAUUUUUAAAAUAUCGAUGUUUAUAAUAUUAUUUAUAUUUAAAAAUUGUUUAUUGUUGACUUUUAUUUUAAAGGUUUAUAAACUACAAUAUGUAUUUUAAUAGUUGCAAAAUCUUACUAUUUAGCCACUUGUUGUAUAUUUUUGAAUAAUAUAAUAUAAUGUUUGUUGGUAAUAUAUUAAUAUUAACUCAGAAGAAAGCAAUAUAAUGUACAAAAUUAAUUGUCAGAUUAUAUAGGUUGUUAAAUCCACAGAAAAAGAUCAAAGGUAGAAAAUUGAUACAGUGUUAUUGUACUUAGUAUAUUUAUUAUAUUUGUUAACUCAUAAAUGAAUUUUGAAUAAUUUCAGGAAAAUGGAUAAUUUCUGAAUUAAUGAAAUGUUAUAAAAAAUGUUAUUCGAGGUGAAUCAUAUAUGCUACUAUAGGAUAUAUUAUCAUUAUAAAAUUAUUGAUAAACAAAGAUAACAUAGUAAAGAUUAUAAGAA